AUGCACUCUCUAUCUACAGUCCUGAUGCUUAUGGCAGCUACUGCCGUCAGUGCUCUUCCUGGUGGCGGUGGUGGUGGCAGUCCUUCUCAAUGCACCACGGCGCAGGCUAACAAAUGCUGCACCGGCCUCAGCCUUGAUAUCUUGAACAUUGAUGUCCUGCCUGGAUUGUGCCUUCCAUUGCUUGCGGAUUGCAACAACCAGGCAGCAUGCUGCGAGACAAAUGGGGUCGGUCUUUUGAACUGUCUCACUAUCCAACUCUGA